AUGCCCAAGCUCCGCGAUCGACUUCGUGAAGAUUACCGUCCACUCAAAGCCAAUGAGGUUAGGCUGAUCGAAGUGUCGCGCGAUGACAAUAAAGGAAUUACUAUAGAUGUGGAAACCUCGGACCUCCGUGACCCAAGCACAUGUUUUAAGACGAUCUCGUACGUAUGGGGCGAGAAGCAAAAUGUGGCGACAAUUCGGAUCGAAAACGAACAAAAGAGGCUCUCUAUCCCACGUAACGCCUACGCAGCUCUAGAACUGAUAUGCGAGGAAUCGUCGUCCUUCAAGAUACAUGAGCUGUUUUGGAUCGACUGCAUUUGUAUCAACCAAAGCGACGAGGACGAAAAGUCUAGGCAGAUUCGGCUGAUGGAGGACAUCUUCAUGCUAUCAAACCACUCGAUCGUUUGGCUCGGCCCUAGGUCCCACGAUUCCGACGAAGCCAUGGCGUUACUGCAGGAGUUGGCGACUCGCCGUCGUGAACUUGAAGCAGCUUACAAGAUAACCCAUCGUCGAGUAACGCCUGAUGAUCUGAGUAAGGACCGGAGAUGGAAUGCUCUGGAGGCUUUGCUGCUCAGGCCUUGGUGGAGACGAGUCUGGACAUUCCAAGAAUUCAUCCUACCCAAGGGCAGCAUGACACUGUGGUGUGGCGGGAAGAACAUCACGCGGGGAGCCCUGCGCGAUGCGAUAUACGCCAUUUGGAUCUGCAAGCCGGAUCACCUCAUUGACCAUGAUUCCUGGCAAGCCGCGUGGGAACGACGGCGAGUGCUCCAGCAUGUUAGCAAGCAGGAGGGGGUUGUGAAAACGAGCCUGCUUGCCCUGAUGGCGUACAACGGCAGCAACCUAGUCCAUAAGCCCGUGGACCGCAUAUACGGCGUGUUUGGGGCCUUGACUAGCCGGGAUGAACGGGAUAUGGUCCAAUCGCUAGAGAUUUGCGUAGGCGUUGGGUCUACCUACACUGCUUUGGUGAAGGCAUGGAUCAAGACGCACGCGAAGCUGGAUAUCAUAUGUUAUGCGUCCAUAUUCACCGGACGUUCGCCAAUCUCCGAGAAACGGAAGUUGCCCUCCUGGGUCCCCAACUGGUCGCUUCCUACUGGGACCUUCGUCGUGCCCUUGAUGGUCAGCGAGGGUGAUAACUUUGUACCAGUGUGGAGCGUCCCCGGGCAUGAGAAGUACAAUGCUUCCCGCGCUACUCGCCCGAAUUGCACAUUCUUUGAUGAUGGCUUGCGCCUGCAAUGUGCAGGCAUUGCGAUCGACUACAUCGAUGGACUUGGGGCCAUUGAUGACGAAAAUUGUCCUCUAGUCCAGUCCAGAUGGCAUCAUGAAUGUGCUACCGCUUGGUCACUAAAUUCAGAGCCUCCGAAUCGCAGAGAAUUGCCAACAAGCACCACUGAAGAACUGCUUGACAUUGUUAUCCGGUGCCUCGUACUGGACCGACAGGAUCGCUACCUCAAUCAGCCAGUACGAGUUGAAAACUUCAGGAAUGACUUCCUCGAAAAGCUACUUGCAGACAAAGUGGAACACGAUGGUCUCAGUAGAGACUUCCGGAAUUGGUACCAUAAGAAUAGAGAUCUGCGCAUAAGAGGAACAAGACUCGAGGAUCUGUGCAAGAGAUCAGCACCACGAAGCCCACCGGCGCACACUAGCAAGGAGGAGAGGAACCUUCCUGACAAUCCUCAGAGACCGAACCAGCUCUGGGCGAAUGGGUCUUCGAUUGAUGACUACGCGAGAGGGUCACAUGGGAAUGGCAUCUCGGAACGCCCAGCCGGGAGAUCUCAUCUGCAUUCUAUUUGGCUGCAGGGUGCCAGUCAUACUGAGAGAGACCGCCGACAAUGA